AUUAUUUAUGUCAUUUCAUAACAGCUUUCGCGCGUAUAUUUUCCAUAAUUAUAAAAAAUGAGUCAAAUAGAUGAAAAAUAAAUUUCUUUUAAUGUUUAUGUGUUAACAAAAUGUGUACGUUUAUAGCAAUGGAAGACAAAGAGUCUGUUAUUAACACAUCUGAAGAAAUUGCGAGUACUUUAACUCAAGUUAUACUAAAACAGGAAAGUUUUUUACAGUUUUUGAAAAAAUGGAAAGUACCCCCAACGGAAAAGUUAAUGACAAUCCUGAGGCAACUCAAUCAAGACUUGCCCAAAGAUGUACAGAAGAAUUUUAUUUUAAAGGAAAUAAUACCUAAUAUGAUGUUACUUGAGACUGAUAAUUCAACAAGAGAUUUUCUUAUUGACAUUGGUCUGAUGUUAUGUAAGUCUAUAGUAAUAUCUCAACUGUCUGCUACAGAGUAUGAAGAAUUUGUCAAAGACAUUUACUCAAAAUACAUACCUACUAUUAGUCAGCUUCGUGACUCCAGCUAUCAAAACUGGCACAAACUGUGGAUAUUUUUGGUCAGAUUUUGCGCUAAGAAAAUCCACCAAUCUAUGGAUCUCACUAAUAGGCUCUUAAGGAUUGUGGAAUAUGCCUUUAGGACUUCAUCACAUGAACAAAGACUUAGAGGAUAUGAUUGCUGGAAGGAGCUCAUUGAUAAUGCUAGUUUAGACCCACAUCACAUUCGUUCUGCAAAACAAAUAAAAUUAUUGGUAACACCUCUAAAAGCGAAGUUUUCCAAACAAGAAGUAGUAAUUGCGAAAAGAUUUGAUGUUUUUGUGCACUUGCUGCAGAAGCUACAAAGUGAAAGUGUUUUGUGCCUUUCUGAAUUUUUAGAAUUCUGUUUUGGUGUUAACUCGAGCGACAAGGAUAGCCACAGGUCAGGCCAGGCAAAAACCGUACCUCUGAUAUGGCCAAAAAGCACCCAAGUCCUGCUAUCCAUUUUAGGACACAGCCAUGAAGAAAACACUGAAUGCGUAGAAAACAUUUUCAAGAAUCCAAUUUUAACCCAAGAAAACUUCAAAAAUCAUUACAUCGUUAUCAUUAAUUCAGUAGGAGAGUGCUGUAAUUUACUGCAGAAUGGUGAUUUUGAUUUUAAUAGAGAUGAGGUGAUCAGAUGUAUGUGGAAGUCUCUUCUUAACUUCAUACUAUCAGCUAGUGAGUCGGAUAAGAUUAUUUACAACAAUAUGAUUAUUAAUAUUUUGGAUGGCUAUAUAAAGCUUUCUAAAGACUCGAGUUACUACAAAAGCCUCAUUACCCUAAUCUUUACUUCGUUGAUGGAAUUCGAUAAAGAUAUGUUACAGGAUUCUAUUUCGCAACUUUUAAAACAACUGGUGACGAUUUUCCUUGAAGCAAAUAUCGAAUCAGAUGAAGUCAAAAAUGAUUUCAAGCAACUAAUAUCUCAUUGUUUCUCCACUGUAAUUUUAGAAGAAAAGAAGAUAAAGAUGAUUGACACCCUAUUAGAUUGUUUAGUUUCAGUAAAAAUAGAAGAAUACAAUUCAACUAAUUUUUCUAAAAUUUGGACAUUGGUGGCAAAUGAGUUAACAAUAGACUUUUCUGUAGAAAGAUUAACUCAGUUUAUCAAAUUCAAAGAAUUCUUUUUGUGGCCUUCUCAUCAUAUGCAUUAUGUGGACGGACAAGAGAAAAAACAAAUAACAAUUUAUUGGAUGAAACUUUAUAGAAAGCUAACCAGUGAAUCGGAUGUUAAAAAAAUUGAGAUUAUAAAAGAUUUAGAGAGAGAUUUUAAAAACAACCCUCUUAUUUCGUCAAACAUUACGUCCUUGCUGAAUGUAAUGUCUCAAUUUGAAACUAGGUUUAGCAAAGAGUUCGUUACGAAACUUAUGGAUGUGGUAUCUUCAAUUCUACAACUGCCAAAUUUAAAUUCAGACGACCAACAAAAGUUAGCAUCUCUCGUAAUGCAGUACUUUGAAUCUUCUUUAGAAUGUUUCACUUCUGAACACAAUGAAGAACUUAUUAAAUUUUUGUGUAGUUGCAUAGAACACAUACUUCGUAUUCAUUCUGAUUAUAAGUUAAUUGAUCCGUUUGUUAUAUUUUACAAAAAUUGCACUGCGAUUCUUCAAACCCAAUUUGCAUUCCAUCUGAAAAACGUAUUAGUGGAAUUGAUUGAUAAAGAAAUCGAUGCGAACAGUUACGCCAGUAAAGAAAUGUCCAAAUGCUUACUGUUAUUUACCGAUGGUGUUAAAGACAAAGACAAAGAAGAUGAAAAAAAGACUUUUAUUAUACCAACUGGAAGAUCAGCGCGUAUUGCUCGCAUGGGUAAGGAUUCUCCUAGAAGUCCCCACAAAUCAGGCACAUUAAGACUUUUUGGAAAGGACAUUGAAACGAUGUCUCCACAUAAACUUAAAGGCAGCCAGCUAAAUAAUACUCCAAUUUCAAACAAGAAAAACGCUGUCAACGUCGUAAAAGUACACCAAACAGAAACAAAGCCUAUCAGUGAAGAAAAUUCCUCAGAUUUUGUUCCAAUAAAUUCUGAAGUUAAAUUACAAGUAAAUAAAUUGAACGAGCACCAGAAAGAAAAGUUAAAGACUAGACGCGAUGAUAUUCCGGCUCUAUACCAAGACUUAUCGCAAAGUAUAAGCCAAGACAUAUUUAGUUCAAAAUCAAAUUCUCGCGAACCUACCAACCCAGAGUGUGAAAGUGAAGAGAAAAAAGAUAAUCCCGUUCCAGUUUCUGUUACGUCAAUUCCAGAAACUUUAAAUUCAGAAAGCGACAUGUUCCCUGAUACCCCUAAAGUUGUUAAUGACGAAAUCAAUACUGAAAAUGCCAAUAUUGAUACAGAAAAUAACAAACCUGAAACAACUGUUAUACCUCUGGACCAAAAUCUUCCCGAUUUAAAUUUUGAAACAUUUACUAAAGAAACAAUUUCUAAUGAUCUUUUUAAAUCAGAAUCUACAGAAGAUGUUAAAAAAUCAAUAGAAACUGACAUUAUUGAAUCAGAUUGUAACAAAUCAGAAUCUACAGAAGAUAUUAAAAAAUCAAUAGAAACUGACAUUAUUGAAUCAGAUUGUAAAAAAUCAGAAUCUACAGAAGAUAUGAAAAAAUCAACAGAAACUGACAUUAUUGGAUCAGAUUGUAAAGAAGACGAGGAAGAUAUACAAGGAAUUAAAUAUUUUAAGGGCUAUUCUAGAAGAAAAUCACAUGGUAAUUCAGAAAAUGCAUUAGAACGAAGAAAGCGAAGUGAAUUAGAAAGGUUAAAGAUGGAUAUAGUUGGAGCCGAGAAAUUUGUCGAGUCUCCUCGCAGAACACGCGAGAAGAAACCCAAGAAAAAAAUCGGUGAUACCGAAAACAAAGUAGAUAAGCCUGUUAAAAUAUCUAAAAAUUCGGAAGAAAAAGACAAUUGUGUUAAAAUGCUUGAAAAUAUAGAAGAAAAGGAAAAAAACAACACUAUUUCUGAAGAUAUACAAGAAAACAACAAAGAUAUAGCUGUCCAACUAUCUGAAAAUAUACCAGAAAAGAAAAAAGGUAAAGCUGCCAAGAUGUCUACAACUACGGAAGAUAUGGAUAUAGAUAAAUCUAAAAAAAAAUUUGAAAACACGGAAGUAAAGACAAAUUAUAUCUCAGUUCAAAUAUCUGAAAAUACGACAGACCAUGAAAAAAACAAAUCCGCUGAUAUAUCCGAAAAUUUGAAAGAUAAGAAAAAACACAAAGUUACCAAAAACAUGCUGGAAAAUACGAAUGAUAUGAAAAAAGAUAUUUCCACGUCUGAAAAUGUAGAAGAAAAGACAAAAGAUAAAUCUGCUAAAAUGCCUGAAAAACAGCAAGAAAACAGAAAAGAUCAAUCGCCUAAAAUGCCAGAAAAUGUAGAAGAAAAGAAAAAAGAUAAAUCUACCAAAAUGUCUGAACAUAUGGAAGAAAUGGCAAAAGAUAAAUCUGCUAAUAAAAUGCAUGAAAAUAUGGAACAAAAGAAAAAGGAUAAACAUGCUAGAAUAUCUGAACAUAUGGAAGGAAAGACAAAAGAUAAAUCUGCUAAUAAAAUGCCUGAAAAUAUGGAACAAAAGAAAAAGGAUAAACAUGCUAGAAUAUUUGAACAUAUGGAAGGAAAGACAAAAGAUAAAUCUGCUAAUAAAAUGCCUGAAAAUAUGGAACAAAAGAAAAAGCAUAAACAUGCUAGAAUAUCUGAACAUAUGGAAGGAAAGACAAAAGAUAAAUUUGCUAAAACUCCGGAAAAUCCGCAAAAAACCAACAUUUCUCCUAUCGGAAAGAGGUCUGUAGGUCGACCGAGAAAACAUCCGUUAGAGCUUCAGCCCGAAGAAAAAAAAAUCAGUCCAGUAGCAGCUAGUCCAAGCAAUAUACCAAAUGAAACUCCAGAAAAGAGAACUGUAGGUCGACCGAGAAAACAUCCGUUAGAGCUUCAGCCCGAGGAAAAAAAAAUCAGUCCAGUAGCAGCUAGUCCAAGCAAUGUACCAAAUGAAACUCCAGAAAAGAGAAAAAGAGGGCGACCCAAAAAAAGUCCCGAAGAGAAAACGAGAACAGCAAAAAUUUUCGAAAAGUUAGAGUCGCCUACAACCAGCAGCGAAAAAUUAGCAAAAAAACGACAGGAAUCUAUGAAAAAAACUGAAAAAACUCCGGAGGGCGAAAAUAAGAUGUCGAAACUUGAAUCUUCUCAUAUAAAGAACCUAUUCAGAAAACUUAGUGAACAAUAUUCAGGUAAAGAAUUUGCAAAAACAAACGAAUCUGUUAAUAAAACUCCACAAAAAACGUUAGGAAUGACACAGCCAACUGAGGGUAGAGGACAAAAGCGUAAAGCACCCACAGAUGAUGAAAAUGAUGAUAUUAUUGAGAGUUCUCAAGAGUCAUUUGCUGAAAUUGUUCCUUUACUAAAUUCGUCCAAAAAGAAGCCGAUUAGACUAAGUAUUACUAAAUCCGGUUCUCAUUUAGAAUGUAAAGUAGAUAUUUCAGAGAAUAAUUCUCCAAAUACAUUAAAUUUAAUUAUUGAUGCUGAUAAUGUACAUAGUUAUGCCAUGAAAAUACCCGAGAAAACGGAAGACGAAUGUGUUAAGGACAUUAAUACCACCCAAGAUACUACACUCACUCAAAAUAGUUCUCAAGAUUCAACUCAAACGGAAGAUACAGUUUCUAAAAUUUCAGUGAUGACAGAUAGCACUCUAACACAAACAGCCAGGGAGGUUCCUGUAGAAGCACUAAUCGAAUCUCCAGAACCUCCUCAAAAGCCUAAAUUGUCUGAAUCUGAACUAAUUAUGUGUCAGAUGGAUACCAUGUCAGUUUGCGGUUCAAAGGAAACGCUUUCAGAUAACAAGGAAAUGCAAGACCGAUUGGCAUCUCCCGUGUCACUUAAUUCAGUUGAAGAUAUACUUGCGUCGUCCCAAAGUACAGAGUCUAAUACUCCCCCAAGCACACCUGAAAAAUCUCAAAAAAUUCCAACAUCUCCAGUUACAGCUGAAACACCAAAUAGGACAAAUGAAUUAUUGGAUAAUACGAUGAAUAUUUCCCCUAUAACUUCCAGAAGUAAUUCCGAAGAAGAAAUUUCAGUAGAGGUGCCUAUUGCUAAACCCCUAGAAUUUCUAGAAGUACUUGAAGAAGAAAUAAAAACUCUAGAGCAUGCAGAGAUGAAUAAUGCCAGUGAAGAAAUAGAUGAUGAUAUUGAUGGUAUAGAUAUUAGUGGAAAGUUUGUCAACAAAGUGCCGAAGGAUGACACUUUCGAAGAAGAAAACUCUUCUGAUGAAUUUGAUCCUGCAGAUGCGUCCAGCGAAGCUGAAAUGACUCCUUUAGAAACAAGUGAAAGUAAAGACAAUGAAGAAAUCGAACAGUUCAAUUCUGCCCUUGAGACAGAACGUAACGAAGAACCGCCUAUCCAAAAUGGUCAAGUGUCCACUACAAUAAAUAUCACCUCCAGUAAAACAUUUAAGGGACCAACAACAAUUCAAGAAAAAGCUUCUAAAAUCCAACAUAUAUUCCAAACAUUUAUCUCUCAAAAGCAUAUUCUUAAAAGGAAAAUAGGAAGUACAUCAUCUCCGUCGACUUUAAGAAUAAAAAGAUUAAUGAACAACGUUGGACAAAAGCAGAACGUUCCAGAAGUAACUGAAACGUUCAACGAAGAAGAUAUAUUGACGUUUUCCAGAGAGAUACCAAGUCCACUUGCAGUUCCUCGAAGUAGUAUACUUAAAAGGAAAUUUGGAGAUAGUAGUGACACCGAGAGUAAUUCCCCAUGUCCAAAGAGAAAGCGAGUGAACUUCAGUGAUCCGUGCCUCACAUCCAAAAAAAUCUAUAUAAAAGAUGAGUUUCAACCCAGUCUUGAGGCCAAAAGACUAUUUGAUGUUACACCAGACAAGAAAUUCCCUGAUGACGUUUUGAAAGAUCUCUUCGGUUUCCCAGAUGACACUCCCAGCUCAGAACUUUCUACUGAAACAGAAUCAGACAAUGCUGACACAGAACCGAGUUUGUCGGUGGUAAAUCCUAUGGUUUUGCACAAGAACAAACCAAUUUUCCCAAAACUCAUAGACUGCAAGGACGACGUUCUAAUAAUCGUUAAACGAAUAACUAGCCCAAUGUUUGUUCCAGCUUUAAUGAAUAAGUUGAAGGCUAGGAACGUAGAAACAAUUGGAGAUUUGGCAAAACUAAGUGAGUCUGAAGUGAACCGUAUUCCCUUCAAAGUUCCAGUUGUUGCUAAUGUUAUGAAGGCUUUGGAAAAUUACUAUAGGAAAAAAGGGGGUGGAGAAAAACUAGAGGAAAAAUUGAAUAAUUCUCGUGAAGAUGAAGACAAAAACGAAGAUGAAGAAAUUCCCAAGUUAGAUAUUAAAUUAGAAUUAAAGAUGUUAAUCAAUAGAGCAAUACGUGAGAAAGUACCUGCAGAAGAAUUGUCAAGUAUUGUAUUGUCCAACAUAGACACAUUAAAACUUACUUCGAUAGCAAAAUCUUACAACCCAGCAAUAGCCGUAGAUGCUUUGGAAGAAAAGGACUUCUCUUCAGUAUUAAAAGUAAUAAUUAAUUCGAAAGGAAUCUCAGACAUAUUAAAAAGAACUCACGUUACUUUGUUCAAUGAUGAAAGGGAGCACGAAUUUUACGAAGCAAUAGCUGAGUAUGUUAAAUAUACUAUGCCGUUGGAAAAGUUCUUUAAAGGAAGGAGUAUUGAGGACUUAGAGGUAGGUGUAGAGGAGAGUAUUAAAAAUAAUACCUUUCAGAAGAGUGAUGUCAUACAGCACUGUCUUAUGCCUCUGAUAGACGGACCUAAGGAUCUCUUUCCAUAUCUAGAAAAUCUUUCUGAAAUAGAUUUUGAUGAAAUUGUGAUUAAUCGUUUAGAAAAUGAAAACUUGCAGACUUUCUUCGAAAGAAUCCUGCGAGCUAAAUCCAUAGAUAGCCUGAAAAAGGUCACGGAAAAUGUGUGGCUCAAACAAGCUUCCACGUCCAGUGAAAUCGUUAGUUGUUUCAAAAAUAAAAUAAAUUCUCAAAACGACAACGAUAAAAAAGACAUAUUUGUGGAAAUGUUUAAGUUUUGUAGUGAAAAUAUAGACUCUGAUACUCUAUUAGAGCUUCAUGUCAGCUUCCUUAGAAGAAUAUCAGUUCAACUUACAGAGAAAAAAUAGUUUUUAGAUUUUAUAAGGAGUUAGUUCAAAUCCAAGAAGCUCUAACUUGAAGUUCGCUAAUAUUAUGCAUAUAUAUUUAAAUAAGCUUUUAUUUUAUUGGAAAUUACAAGUAAAUAACCCGACUUUCAAGAGAAUAUUAAUACACAAAGUAGAACUGUG